GGUCCUAUACUGUAUGUUACCGACACCACCUACUGUAUCUGUAGUGUAUGAGCCAAGAUAUUGAUAUUAACGUGGCCUCAUUUCUUUCCAGAAAACACUGCUCAUUGUGCCUCCCUUCUGGUCAAUGAUGCACUUUCAGUUUAUGUAAAAAAACAGAGGCCACACUGAAGUGCACUUCUAUGGGUAUUUUCUAUUGAAGAAUAGCCUGUAAAUGUAAUCAUGCCUUUAAGGAAUCACGUAUAACCACUAGAACUAUGAUUGUUGAAUUAAAUAAGCGUCAGGACGCACUGAGUGUCAUAAAGGAACAUUUGAAACAAUCUCAUAGUGGUGAAAAGGCCGCUAUUUCUCACCUUGAGGAUUUAAUUUUAGUCAGUUGAGUUUCUGGUGUGAAGCCCAUCCCGUUAAUGGUGGUGAAAUGGUUAAAUUGUGACAAGACAGAGUGAGUAGUGCUCCUUGCUCUACUUGGGAGGAUAAAAGCUUUUUUUUUCUGCGAGAAACUCACAUUACAGACACUUGAAGACGUCUCAACACAAACUCUCUCUGUCUUGAUGCUGUGCGUAACUGCGUGACGGAGUCAAGUGUUCAAAACAGCAACUCAUCACCCAGAUCAAAUUCACAUGUUCAUCGUUAAUGGUCUCAGGAGCCUCUCUGGAACCCUUCAGAUAAAGAAAACAACAAUUUGAGCAAUGGAGAAGUUUGCGUUUUUAUUAAUUUGCCUUCUUGAUGUUCUGGUGUGUUUUGGUACCGGACAGCAACAUUUACGGACACGUGAGGGACCGUGGAGACACCGGAUUCAGUGGGAGAAUAACGGUCAGGUGUACAGUUUACUGAGCACGGGGACUCAAUAUCGCUCACCCACGCAGACCAGAAGACGCCCUCAGCUCUUAUUGACAACAAAAAACCAUUUUAACCGACCUCACCCUCCUGUUGCGCUCAGUAGAUCCACAAGAACCAGAUCUGGAGACCUCGAGGAGGCAGCCGGAGUUCACUCCAAACGUAACGACCUCAGACAAAUGGAUGCGUUGUCUCUUGGUGCUGAAGCAGGUCAGUAUUUGCUCCCCUCUGGACGACCCGGGACACACAAUCAGUCCCCACCGCGAACCGCAACCACUGCAGAUACUGUCGCCAGCGCCCCCGCUUCCCCCACCAUGCAGGAGUUCUCCGGCAGCGGAAUCCCAAGAGGAGGCCGGAGCACACCUGGAGAUGUCACUGGAGCACAACAAACCACUGAGGCACCGGUAAGAUCUCCGGACUUUACGCACGGCGGAGGCGGCCGGACAAGACCAGAGAACUGGGAUUCAACACCCCGGUCACCUGCCACAACUGGAUUGGUCACCAUGGCCGAGGAUGCGGGGAAUGGACGUCCCAUCCCGCAGCAAACCAGUUUGGGAGACGCUCGCAGACCUUACAGAGCGAAUUCAUUAACCAGAGCCACACCAAGGACAAAUCCCACAGCGCUGUCCAGUAACGCGGUAGAAGUACACUUUCCUCGUCCAAGGCCGGAUACAACAUGGACGGAGACGAGUGACCCACGGAAUCCACAUAGUAUUCAUCACAGGAACUCAGUUUUCUAUGAAGUUUACCCGCCCGACCGCAGGAACAGGGUCCCUUCGCGCCCUCCGCCAGGGACUGGCUACGGCACCAGGUUCUUCCACAAUGGUCUCCCAGACCUGGUUCCUGACCCUUACUACAUCCAGGCUGCCUCUUACAUCCAGAGAGCGCAGAUGUACUCACUCCGCUGUGCGGGUGAGGAGAACUGUCUGUCCAGGUCUGCAUACCAUCCAAGUGUGAGAGAUCUGGACUACAGAGUCCUGCUGCGGUUCCCACAGCGUGUCAAGAACCAAGGAACAGCAGACUUCCUUCCAGUGAAGCCCAGACAUGAGUGGGAAUGGCACAGCUGUCAUCAGCACUACCACAGUAUGGAGGCUUUUAGUAACUAUGACCUGCUGGACGUCUCCACUGGACAGAAGGUGGCUGAGGGACACAAGGCCAGUUUCUGUCUGGAGGACACAUCAUGUGACCCGGGGGUACGACGGCGCUUCGCCUGCACUGCCCACACACAGGGGCUUGGUCCUGGUUGCUAUGAUACGUAUCAUGCCAACAUCGACUGUCAGUGGAUUGACAUCACUGACGUACCGCCAGGAAACUACAUACUCAAGGUGACAGUGAACCCCUCUCAGCUUGUCCAGGAGUCAGAUUUCUCCAAUAAUGAGGUGCGGUGCGACAUUAGAUACACAGGAAGCUACGUACAAGCAAGAAACUGCAGGAUCCAUGUAAGCUGACCUGACCGAAGAGAAUAAAUAAGUCAAUCAUUUCUUGCUAACUGCAGCUAAAUGAAUCCUUUUGUAUUUAUGAUAUAUUGUAGCUACAGCCAGGCUGGACUAGAUGUUAAGUUAUCUUAAGUUAUCAAUGGAUUUUUAAGCAAUGCAUGGCUGUACUAUUGGCUGUAUGUGUGCUGUAACCUUGAGGAAAACUUGUCAUCAUAAAUAACAAUGUAAAAAAAAAAAGUCUUAAACAAGCUGUUUUAAAUCCCUUCAAUCAGAUUGCACAACUGAAAUGGUGCUUAUUUCACAGAAAACAGUGGCGCUCUUCUCCCCUGAAAUUUAUUUGCAUUUUGCCUUGGCAGAGAAAAUAUACCUACUUUUGACAAAAUAUGUAUCAAAGUGAACAAUGUAUGACGCCUUUUAAAAUAUAAAGAACAGAUACUCAUGUAUGUGUUUCUUGUAAUGUUGCAUGCAUGAUUUAAUGCAUUUUUACAUAUU